AUGGCAUCUGAUUCUGAAAUGGAAAAUACCUCUGACCGAAGUGGAAUCGGUGAUGCCGACUCGCUGGCAUCUACCGCAGAAAGUGAAGCGGAAGCAGAGUACCUCGUGAAUGACAUCCAUGCGGAACGGAGGCUUUACGUUGAUCCAGACUCUGAGGAUGAUGAAGGUAUUUAUGUCACUCAGUAUUUGGUCGAGUGGACUGGGUACAGCAUGGACAGGUGCAGUUGGGAGCCAAGGGAAAUGUUUUCUUCGGAAGAGACACUAAAUGGGUGGGAAGAGAAAAAAAGGCAAAUCUUGGAGGGCAGGAUACCUUCCUUCAAUCUUAAGGCAUGGGAAAAGCAUAUGGCUUUGUUGGAGAAGAAGACAAAGAAGCGAAAAGAAGACCGAAGGCGCAAACGAAAGCAAAGGGCACGACAGAGAAGCCUCUGUCAAGCUGAAUCAAAUCAACUAGCCCAUCCUGAUAUCGCGGACAUCCAUGGGCCCGAAGCAGGAACUGCGUCCCGCAGAGCUUCCAGUCGCCUAUCACAGGACUCCACCGCUUUGGCCUUGUUUGUUUCAGCCGAAACCCCACCGCUAUCAAAGAAUGCGACGACUCGCCAAUCGCUGCAACCAAGAGCACCUCCGAGAUUAGUUACCUCCAGUGCGCAAACAAACUGGAUCGAGCCUCCAGGAUCAGCAACCUUGAUUGCACAAACGGAAUCAACAACCCCAAACAAGCUUUCAACAUCGCGACUUUCUCAGCUCGCCAAGAAACUUGGUGCCAAGCAAAAAUACCCGGCACGCCAGAUAACCCCCCCCCAAGCAGCAAAGCCAACAUUGUCUUCCUUUGGUACGGGCCCGGGGGCCAAGCGCGCCUACCGUGAUCACAAAUGGGGUGAACGAGCACCGGAUUUGUCACAAAUGGAGCUGAGGAGACCUUCUGAAUUUGCACCAAGGAUGAACAUAGGCUUCACCACCACAGCCGCGGGCUCAUCUGUAACAAGUCCCAAGUCCCCGAGAGCCCAAAAUCAAUCCGCUUCUGAGAUUACUGUCAGUUUGGCCGGUCCACCAACGCCACAAACUGGUGAAAUAAAAGGCAAAGCUGCAAAGCAGCUCGAGAAAGCUGUUCCUCUCGCACCCUCAUCAGUGUUGGCUCCCCCGGUGCAUCGCUCUUCGAACUUGGGCUCCACCGCGUUAGUUUCCUCGUCGCCUGUGUUUUCUGAUCCCAGUGCACUGUCGAAUCCAGAGAGACUAGUUGGUCCUGUAGGUUCUACUACUUCUAUGUCUCCACCAGCUACCCAAUCAAAGCCCCUUUUACAGGCCAACCUCAUCAAGCCUGCCGAUUCUGUAGAUACUGUUGUUUCUACUUUCUCGCCGCCAGGUGAGGCCGCUUUGACGAAUCCGGCUGAGCGGUCAACAUCUACCCUUACUGCACCCUCACCAUCUCCUUAUCCACGCCCCCCAUCAUGUGCCAAUAUCGACAGGCCUACCAUUCCUUCGGCCUCGACGAGCUCGGUAUUUCCCUCUUUUGUUCUUCCAGGAGCCCGUGCGGAGGCUACUUCAAUUAAACCUGCUGCGUUCAACGGUUCUAGCCCUAAAACUCAGUCGCCAGCCAUUCCAACUAUGCCCCCUCUCUCGUCGGUCACCACCAUUUCGUCGAUCACCGCCCUUCCGAAGAUCACGUUCCCCACUCCCUCGAUGGUCAUCGCCCUCUCGUCGGCCACGGUCACCGUCUUCUCGAAGGUCAUCGCCCUUUCGACAGUCAUCGCCCCCGGGUCGACCGUCGAGGUCUUCUUUGCGUGUCAUUUGCUCCCACCGAACCUAGAGCUGGAGCAUCUGCUCAACCCAGCCUUUCCAUCGCGGCCCAAAUUGCAAGAAUGCCGGGCACUGGGGGAAAUUCUUGUCCACGUGUUUAUCGGACCCAGCAAGAGACCUCUCGGUGCUUUCAGAUUAUGUGGCACCAGCUCGAAGGCACAAUCGUCUCUGAUCUUGGCUAAGAACUCGAGAACAAACCAAGUUGAGAUAUGGUUUAAGCACCUGUGCACAGUCAGAGACUAUGAAAGAUUGUGCGAAUCUAGUCCGACAAAUUCUGUGCUGAGUACCGGCUGGGUCGAAGGCUUCAGCGACACUAACGAAAACCUGUUUCAUCUAGCAGAAGAUCUGCGAAAGGACGACCUCAUCGCCAUUCACUAUCCUAAUGGGCUAAGCAAACUUGCCUGGGUUGCGUGGUCACGUGGCUCCAAGGAAUUCGAAUUUCCACGUCCCAAGGAUGAAGUGCCACCCGGCAUUCCUCUACUCGUUGCCGCUCGCACUAUGCUCGCACCGAUCGAAGUUCUAGGCUCAAGUAGACCUGGCCAAUCUAGUGGACAAUCGCUUGGCUUUUUGCCUGAUACAUCGCUUUCACUGCGAAAUGAGCCUGCUACUGCAGAUGGAAGCCUGGAGUCUGGCAGUUCUUUAGAACGGUCCAAGUUCCACCGUGAUAUGAGGAUGAGUGGAUCCUUGCAACCACGAGAAAUGCCAGCCCUAGCACGGGUCCAAACCUUCCCACUCGCGAGUGAACUAAAGGACAUUUCAAUUUCCGCUCACACCCAGCAACAAAAUAAUAUCGCAGUUCAAGGAGUUCAGUUGGGCCAAGCGGCCGAAGGGAUCAUGAGAGCCCGCAAAAUCAAUGUGGAAGAACUUGCGGCAAUCCAAGAAGGUGGAAAAUUAUCGAAGGCAGGAAUUUUCUAUUUGCACUUUCCCCAAGACAGCCAAGAAGCACGGCAGGAACUGCAGUUUCUGCAGCUGCUCUUGAGGUACCAUGAGAAAAUUGUUUUCACAAGCGAAAGCCCCAGAGAUUGGGCAAAAUUUGUGCAGAAUAGCAGACAGGGUGUGGCCAUAUUUCACGAAUCGUUCGCCGGAUACGAUACGUUAGAUCCUCCACUCAGUUCUGUGCUUCCUUUCAGCUCGUUCAAUUUCUGGAUUGUUCGCAUUCAAAGACCACUCGAAUUACUUGAUCCCCGUUUUUGUUCGCCCACUGACUACCAUCUACGCAUCUUUCCACAUGGCGGUGUCAUACUUCUCACAGAAGACAUGUUGACAGACCUCAAAGGAGUUGCGGUCACUCUUCAAUGGAUUCGGGGUGCAAACAAACACAAACGCAAAUCGUGGACGUUGAUGUUUCCCCCCGGGAUACUUGAAUGGAUCGAAACGAGACUGGGCGAUGAGAAUUUCUCGCAAGAUCAUGGACUCCUACUGCUCAUCUACACCUUGAUCAUCAAGAACAACGUCACGGAUCCUCGCGUGGACUUGUUCGAUAAAGCUAGUCUACACCCCAACUCAAAAAGCAACAUCAUCGCACUCUCUCUUGAUGAAUACGGUACUCGUACAGAGCACCAUACCCUCAAAAUCAAGAACAAAGCUGAACGCGACGCGGACCAUCUUAUCGAAUUAUUCGCAGGAUGGUCAUUGAUUAACAUACCACGUUUCCGGAAUUUCGUCGCUGUCACGUCUUUCGGUCCUCUCACUGGGCCACGGUGGGGAAAAUGGGGCCAUAUGACCGUCAUGCGAGCUGGUUUCGGCCAUUUCUUCAAACGGUUCAAAAUAGACUCGGCGGCCCUCAUGGCCUACCUGUCAGGCAUUUCCAAGCAACGGCCUUCUACUAGCCAAGUAGCUACCCCGAUGACUGUGACCACACCUCAGACGCCUAACUGGACCUCUCACAAAUCCAAUGCCGCUAUUCAGUCUACCUUCACAUGCAACCCGAACGGCAAUGGCAAUGGCGCGAACAAAUACGCUGCUCCCUACAAGUGA